AUGGUAAGCGCGGUUAAAGUGUACAGACCACCAAAUUCCGCCGCCGUAUCAAGGGUUCUAGACUGCCUUCUUGAGAAAGAUGUCCAGUUUCAACUCAACCCCAUCAAUUUGGUCAGAGGAGAACAAAAGAAACCUGAUUACCUCAAACUUCAGCACGCCGCACGAGGUGCGGUGCUGGGUGGCGACUGUGCAGCGAUAGCGUCAUGUAGCGGAGGUGCUGCGCUGGGCAGCGUUGUGCUGCAACGUCUCUAUCUGUGCACAAAAAUAUCAAAAGUCACAAAAAACUACAGCGGAUCGGUGCGAAAAACUACAAUGCCACCGCCGUUUGGAAAUGCAACGGAAUUUACCUUCGGCGUCGAGAAACGCAGCAGCGACUCGCGACGUCGCUGCUGCGAGAUCUGCGAACGGCGAACGGCGCGACGCGAACUGCAGCAGCAGAUCUGGAAGCAACGGGCGGUUGAUCUGCUAACGGCGAACGGCGUCGCGAUGCUGCGAACGGCGAACGGUUGA